GAAGAAAUUAAGCUCCACGUCUGCAAACACAAACCCCAUCCAUAAUGUCAACUACGUUUGCCAUCUUCUCCACCGUGGGAUGGCAAGUUCUCCCCAACUUAAUAACGAACGUGGCGAUAACAUUCUGGUUCCGUCUCUUCGGCGGCCAUGUACCCCCCACACCAGGCACUCCCCGAUAUGCGCAAGUCUACCGCCGCACCUUCGUUGGUGUCGUCGGCCUCUUCCUCCUCUACAACAUAUACAACGCGUACUGCAAGAUUACGCAAACGCCAAACUUCUAUGACGUCUUCUCACUCCCGCACAACUGCACCGUGCAGGAGCUCAAGUCGCGGAAACGAAAACUCUCCAUCCUCUACCAUCCCGACAAAGUCGGCGAGGCCGGCGCCGACCAGUUCCUGGAGCUCCAGCUCGCCUACGAAACACUCAUAGACCUGACGCGGAGGCCCAACUACCACCGCUUCGGCCCGAUCGUAACAGACUCAUCGUUCCUCAAGCCGACGGAGCACUCAACGGCGUUCGACUAUUUCAACGCCGGGCUCGUCCACAUUGGCAUGUACUACGGCUUCUGGCUCGGCGCGCAGAUUCUGCUCGGCUUCAUGGUGAAGACUGAUUUCGGGCGGUGGUGGAAAUUCCUGACAAUCGUUGCGGCGGCGGUAUUGGAGCUCUUGCUAAUCACUGGGUCGUCGCCGCUGCCAACAUUUCCGCUGGCGAAGUCGCUGCUGGUGUUCGAGCAGGUGGCACUCAUGAGGACGAUGGUCAUGACGAUGUUCAACGGGCUCAUCCAGCUUGCUCCGAAGCUGGCGCCGAUGAAUCGGAGACCCCCCGACUUAGAGACGAAGCUUAGCGCAGUGCUGCAGUUGUCGGCGAUCGUCGAGGCGGAGGCACUGGUCAUGCAGGGCACGGAGUUUCAGCCGUUUGCGGAGGAUCCGGCCGCUACGAAAGAGGUCGAGAGGAAGAUGGCGGACUGGAUGGUGCAACAACGCAUCAGAAAUGAUCCGGAGAUGAAGGAGGCGCUGAAUGAGGCUAGGAAAAGACGAACGGAGCGGGCGGAGAAGCCGGCUGCUGCUUAGUUUGGAAACCGGACCUGUUGCUAGCUGGCUAUGCAUAUGUAUUGGCUGGCGGUGAGGGGCGUUCAUCACAUAUAGAGAUACUAUAAAUUUGAAUCGGAUGAGCGCAGGGUACCGGGUCAAAAUUCGCUUUACCACGAGUAGGGCUCCUUCAAUAGUCUUCCUGUCAGUAAUCUCGUCGUUGUAUGUACAUGUAGUUAGGAUAGCGAGCCAGUAAGCAUCUCAUAGUGGUCAAUGGUCUGGUUAUCAUGUCAUCUAUUACUCGUCUACAUACCGGCACAAUCCCAUCAGUCCAUCC